AUGCUUUUCAACGCCCCACCCCGACAUGACCCCAACCCCCAGAAGAAGGUCACCUUAUCAGCAGGCGAGUUCAAAACGGCAAUGCUCCGACUUAUCAGCCCAGAACCAAAGUUGCGGCAAGGCCUCCUUAUUCCUCGAACGUAUGGACCCGUCCUUAUCAAAACGAAGGAGGAGAACAUGAUAGAAGCCAUUUUUGAAAGUUGUCUUUUCAAAUGUGCCAUGAGCUACGGUUUUGGCUACGCUUUUGGCGGUGUCAUCGGCCUGUUCUCAACUUCCGUCAACCCCGGCCCCCAACACACCGCACGGGAAGUAUUUCGCGAUAUGAGGACGACGACGAUAAGCCAUGCGAAAAAUUUCGCCAUCGUGGGCGCCAUUUUCGCUGCGACGGAGUGUGCAAUUGAAUCUUAUCGGGGAAAAAGUGAUUGGAAAAACGGAACGAGCGCAGGCGCAGUUACGGGAGGGUUAAUCGGGUUAAGAGCCGGGGUUAAACCGGGUCUUAUCGGUGCGGCAGGAUUUGCCGUGUUUUCCUCCGCUAUUGAUUAUUAUAUGAGGCAAAGAUAA